UAAACUGCAGGUACCGCGGUGCUCCCUCCUACAGAAACAACAUCGGUCCGGAAAACUGAAAACUACUAACACCUGGUUUGAUGGCAGAUUUUUAGCCCUUAUCAGCCUCGGAUAUUCAUAUAUGGACUGACAGCGUACUCACUGUAAGGAGGAAUAAAGCUGAUCGGUGGAGAUGGCGUUAUGGAUCCAGGCUCAGCAGUUAAAGGGGGAUGCGCUGCAUCAAAUGCAGGCCCUGUAUGGCCAACAUUUCCCCAUAGAGGUGCGACACUACCUGGCACAGUGGAUCGAGUCUCAGCCAUGGGAUGCGAUAGACGUGGAAAAACAGCAGGAGGAGUUUAAAGCCAAGCGUUUGUUGGAAAGCCUGAUUCAGGAACUGCAGAGAAAGGCUGAACACCAGAUGGGGGAAGAUGGCUUCUUGUUGAAAAUAAAACUGGGCCAUUACGCAUCACAGUUAAAGAGUGCAUAUGACCCUUGUCCAAUGGAGCUUGUGCGCUGCAUCAAACACAUCCUCUACACAGAGCAAAGGCUGGUACAAGAGGCAUCAAAUGUGAGCAGUCCGGGGGUGGGGCUGACGGAUGGCACGCCUCAGAAAUACCAGCAAAUUAACCAAGCGUUCGAGGAGCUGAGAGUGAUGACUCAGGACACAGAGAAUGACCUGAGAAAACUGCAACACAGCCAGGAAUAUUUCAUUAUUCAAUACCAGGAAAGCCUGAGAAUACAGGCUCAGCUGAGUAGUUUGGCGAGUUUGACACCGGCAGAAAGAGUGCAGAGAGAGACGAGCCUGCAAAGUCGGAAAGCUACCCUAGAGGCGUGGCUAACACGAGAGGCUAACACACUGCAGAAGUACAGACAGGACCUAGCGGAGAAACAGCAGAGGACACUGGCAUUGUUGAGGAAACAGCAGACGGUGAUCGUGGAUGAUGAACUGAUUCAGUGGAAGAGACGGCAGCAGCUAGCUGGAAAUGGAGGACCUCCAGAAGGGUCGCUGGACAUCCUUCAGUCCUGGUGUGAGAAGUUGGCGGACAUGAUCUGGCAGAACAGGCAGCAGAUUCGGCGGGUUGAACACCUAACUCAGCAGCUGCCCAUUCCAGGCCCUACAGAAGAGCUGCUCAAAGAGCUGAACAGCACCGUCACUGACAUCAUAUCCGCUCUAGUCACCAGCACGUUCAUUAUAGAAAAGCAGCCUCCACAGGUGUUGAAGACACAGACCAAGUUUGCAGCAACGGUACGUUUGUUGGUGGGAGGGAAAUUGAACGUCCACAUGAACCCGCCACAGGUGAAGGCUACCAUCAUCAAUGAGCAGCAGGCCAAAGCUCUGCUGAAGAAUGAGAACACCCGGAAUGACAGCAGUGGAGAGAUCCUCAACAAUAACUGUGUGAUGGAGUACCACCAAACCACAGGCACCCUCAGUGCACACUUCAGGAACAUGUCUUUGAAGCGUAUAAAGCGGUCAGACAGGCGUGGCGCUGAAUCGGUGACUGAGGAGAAGUUUACGGUUCUAUUUGAGUCUCAGUUCAGUGUGGGAGGAAAUGAGCUAAUGUUUCAUGUGAAGACGUUAUCUCUGCCUGUUGUGGUCAUCGUCCAUGGAAGUCAGGACAACAAUGCCACGGCGACAGUCCUGUGGGACAAUGCUUUUUCAGAGCCGGGUCGGGUCCCCUUCGUCGUUCCGGAUAAGGUGACAUGGCCGCAGCUGUGUGAGGCUCUGAAUAUGAAAUAUAAAUCGGAGGUGCAGAGUGACCGUGGUCUUUCUGAGGAGAAUUUGGUUUUCCUCGCCCAGAAAGCCUUCAGCAGCUCCAGCAACAACCCUGAGGACUACCGAAACAUGACCAUGAGCUGGUCCCAGUUCAACCGGGAGAGUUUACCGGGUAGGAACUUUACCUUCUGGCAGUGGUUUGACGGAGUCAUAGAACUCAUGAAGAAACAUCUCAAGGCUCACUGGAAUGACGGGGCGAUCCUGGGUUUUCUUAACAAGCAGCAGGCUCAGGACAUGCUGUUAUCCAAACCUAACGGCACAUUCCUGCUGCGCUUCAGUGACUCUGAGAUUGGAGGCAUCACCAUCGCAUGGGUGGCUGAGAACCCCAACAAAGCAGGAGAAAGAAUGGUAUGGAAUCUGAUGCCUUUCACAACUAAAGACUUCUCCAUUCGCUCUCUGGCUGACCGCAUCAGUGACCUGAACCACCUGCUGUUCCUUUAUCCGAGCCAGCCUAAAGAUGAGGUUUUCUCUCGUUACUGCACCCCUCCGAACUCAAAAGCUGUAGGUGAUGGCUACGUCAAACCAGAGAUCAAGCAAGUGGUGAAAGUUGAGUUUUCUCUACCAAAUUCCGAGCAGCCUGGUGGAAAUUCCAACUUCAUGGACCACACCGCUUCACCGAACGUCAAUCAACAAAACAACUUUGCGAUCUACCCUCCCAUGAGUGACCCUAUGUUGGACGCUGAAGGAGAGUUUGAUUUGGAGGAAACAAUGGACAUGGCCAGGCAGGUGGAAGAGUUCCUGCGCCAGCCGUCUGAACCCCAGUGGAGUGGACAGCAGUCGUGACCUUAGACGUCCCAUGACCUCUCAGCCCAACUACAGAGAACACCUCAAGGGGUUCCAUUCCAUUUUGCUUUUUUCAGUGUUUUAACAAAUGUGAAAGUUUUAAGAUGCUCAUUAACGUUUAAAAUGACUCUGCAAUGUAAUCGUAACUGCCUCUGCUUUUUGCAUGACAAUUAUGUGCAUCGUUUUCCUUCACUAGCCUAGCAGACCAGGGAAGGUGGAACGGUAGACGAAUUACAAAUCUGUUGAUGUUUUCAUCAAAUCGUCACUUAAGCAGCACUUCAAGCAAUGUUGUACUAUGUUUCAGGCCAAAACUCUAUAGUAUCAGUACCUUAACUGAUGGUAUUUGUAGUAGUUAAAACGUCACCAUGGAAAUUACCUCAAAUUGUCUGGCGUAGCUGUUUGUUAUUCUAGUGUUUUUUCCUUUAGGUCAGAUGAUUACCAAACAUGCAACCUCCUAUAAGUUAACAGUGUGGAAAAAAAUGUCAUCACCAGAUUAGUUUUAAAAGGAAUCAAGAAACAGUUCACAAACUAAGCAACAUUGAUAUUUAAUACGUUUGGUAAAAUCAAUUCACCUGAACUGCUUAUGGGUACAGUAGAGCUUUGAUUUGAAACAAUAUAUCGUUGCUUUCAAAUUAUCUUGACAUUUUGUUUGUUCUCUUUUAGCAACAGAAAUCUGUUGUAUUUAAUUAUAGAUGCCAUUAGUUUACAACAUUUCUUGUACGAAAACCAGGCCAUAUGCACCACACUAUGCAACACUUUAAUAUUUCCAGCUGCUGUUGGAUAUUCCUCUAUAACUCUGAGAAUGUGACAAAUGAAAUAAAAAGGGAGUUUUUUAGUUUGCAGAGUUGCCCUAGAAUUUUAACGGAAUGUAAGCAGUGACUUGGUCACUAUGUGCAGUGUCAAAGGGAUACUAAGCUAAUUUAUCACAUUAAUAAAGCGAUAAUUUGGCAAGAAAAUCACAUUUAUAAAAUUAUCCCCUUACUCCAAGUGUAGUUGAUCAGCCAAGAUGUUUACUUUUUUUGCACUGGAGCUGCGAAGCUAAAGUACCUAACAGAUAGUCGAAGCUUAUACCUCAAACUGCAUGUCUUAAUCAUCAAACAGCAACCUCAAGACGUGUUGAGUUGUUAAAGGGGCAUUUCACCCUAUAUUUAGCCUUUGACAUAUUAUUUGUUAUGUAAUAUUCUGUAUCCCUCUGUCUCUUUGGCUUGACAGAAAAUUAUGAUUGUGUUUUCUUUAGUGUUCUCUCACUACAAUACCCAGCAUGCAUUGUGUAAUUAUAUCAAACAGCAACUGCGAAUCCCCAUGCAGAAAUACAGACGUGAUACUGGUCUUCCUGGCUGUACCUUUAGCUGUCAUGCUAAAUCAUUUCAAACAGCCCAUCAAGUAUUUGCCCCAUGGGGCUUGUAGUUUUUCAGAAGUUCCUCCCACCUUCAAGAUGCAUCAUCAGAAGGGGGUUUUCCUAGUUUUGAAACCACAAAACUCUAGAGAAUAUAGUGACUAUUAUAGUGACCUCUUUAGAAGGCAAAUAGGCAUGUGUACAACAGAUGUAGCGAUAGCAACAUUUUUUAUAUCAGGCAAAUUAUCCCUUUAAAUAAGCACAAGUAGAUUUGCAUAUGUAGUUUCUGAUACUGUAUGACAUACUGUGGUAUAAGAAUGAACAGAAGUACAGACAAAACUUGCUUCUGCUAUGGCAAAUUACUGCUGCUACUGUUUUAGUUAUAUGAUGUACCAACUGCGGUAUAUGAGCUUGUAUGUUGACUACAUUAGCCUUGCAGCUCCAGUUCAAAACUAAAGAAGCAAACUUUAGACACCAAACAUGUUUUGGCUGAUUGACUACACUUGGUGUAAGAGGGAAAACAAUGUAAAUGAGAUCCCUUUUUUGCAUAUCACCUCAAUUAUAUGGUAAUGGUAUAAUUUUGUGCUAGCUAUCACAUACUUCAUCUGAAAACUAUAUGUUCAUCAUGCUCAAAACUCAUAGCCUAGACAAAAACCUAUUAAAAGGUUUGGCUGAAAUCAUAAUCCUGGCCCAAUCUACCCCUUUAAAUCAUGAAUUUGAGAUCCCGGUUUGUAAAACGAGCUCUAGCGUUGGCGUCUGUGCAUUCUUUCAUUGUUACAGGCUUUAGUUUCCUGUUUUGUCCAAAGCGACCCAUCUAGUUAACUCCAGAGUAAUAUGGCCAAGCAACAAAAAAAGUAACACCAUUGUUCUUACUUUCCCCCGUUCCACUCUUUCUCUUUCUUUUUGCCUUUCCUUCUGUGCCUUAAGACAGCUUAGGUUCGUCAUACAUUAGAAAAACCAAAGUCAAGCCUUGAUGUCCAACAGAUUAAAGCCCAAGCCUUUAUUAGGAUGAUUCUUUAAACCAGCUUUUCCUAAAGCACAUCGCCCAAGAACAGGGCUCCUAGAUCCUCACUACCUCUGAUCAUGAGUACAAUGUGAUCCAUGUUCGGCCCGACUGAUAUAUAUCAUUCUGCCAAUAUUAAGGGAGCAUGUUAUUGGAUAUUUGAUUAGGUGAAUAAAACACCCGUAUUUAGAAUCAAAUUGGGAGACUUGCUUAUUUUUGGAGAAUUCUAGUGGUUUCAUAUCCUCACAUUAAAGCUUAGAGAUUUAUAAACUGACGAUAAGUAAUUGCUCACCUUUGCUGCAGCAGUAACAACUAAAAGGAUUUGCACUGGAAAUUCUCCAUUGACAUCAUCCGAUUCAUGACUAGCAGAGGUGUAAAUCGCCAACGUUGAAAAGACUUGAUUUAAGAUUAUUUAGGAUGUUACUCAGUGCCUCUUUCUCUCUCUCUCUCUCUCUCUCUCUCUCUCUCUCUCUGUGUAUA